AUUCUCGCAGGUUCAGCAGAGGACACCCAGUCCCGGCAGGUGCGCACGCUGAGGCUCAUCCUUGUUGGGAGAACAGGGGCCGGAAAGAGCGCCACUGGGAACAGCAUCCUGGGCAAGAGACGGUUCCUCUCCCCUGGGGCCACAUCUGUGACCAGGGCCUGCACCACGGCCAGCCGCAGGUGGGACAAGUGGCAUGUGGAAGUAGUGGACACUCUGGACAUUUUCAGCUCCGAAGUGCCUAAGACAGACCCCGGCUGUGAGGAGAGAGGUCGCUGCUACCUGCUCUCGGCCCCCGGGCCCCACGCGCUGCUCCUGGUGACCCAGCUGACGGUCAUCGUCUUCACCAGGAAGGAGGACCUGACGGGGGGCUCCCUGCAGGAUUACGUGUGCAGCACAGAGAACCAGGCCCUCCGCAAGCUGGUGGCCGAGUGCAGGGGCCGGGUCUGUGCCUUUGACAACCGGGCCACUGGCCGGGAGCAGGAGGUUCAGGCGGAGCAGCUUCUGGGGCUGGUGGAGGGCCUGGUGCGGGAGCACGAGGGCGCCCACUACUCCAACGAGUUGUACGAGCUGGCGCAUCUCCUGCGCUGGGCUGGCCCGGAGGAGCGUCUCUGGAGGGUGGCGGAGGGCGUGGCCGCCCGCAUGCGGAGGAGGCCGUGGGGCGCCUGGCUGCGGGCCGGGUUGUGGGCGUGGCCGAAGCCGUCCUGGAGCUGGAGGCUGGGCCUGGCCCUGCUGCUGGGCGGCGCACUCCUGUUCUGCGUGCUGCUCCACAGGCGCUGGUCGGCGGCCUUUGCUGAGGUCAGAUCUGACUGACAGAUUGUAAACGUGGCUCUGACCCCUCAGCUGAUAAUCGCAUUCAUCUUCCUCACUUGGUGUUCAGAGCUCACAGACUCUCCUCUCCUCCCUCACCUCGCCUUAAUCCACCACCGUGAGAGUUCUGCCGAGACCCAUCUCCCACCAAAACCGUCUCAUACCACCCAGCCUCCCUGAGCAUUCUCACUACUGAAGCCAAAGACCACUGUUGCUUUGCCUCUUCUCCAGUGGCCUUGGCUGUCUUUCCCUGCACUGAGUUUUCUUCUCUCCAGAGAACAGAUGAGGGGUGCUUGUCCCCCAUUCCCUGCAGUCCCCACAGGACCACAAGCAAGAACCAUCCCAACGCAGAGCUUCAGUC